GACAGAAACAGGUAUCUAGCAUACUACUUGCAUCGAAAGUAUAACUAUCUCGUUUUUUUACCCACGGUCGUAUUUUAGAAUAAACUGUCGGAAGCGCGGUCCAAACUGUUCGAGUUAUCAUCAUUACUUUCUCAUUCCACAAUAAGAAAAAGAGCCUGUGAAAGAGCAUCAAUAAAACUAUAUGUUCAGUUAAAAGUUAUUCGGGCAUUCUCUCCUCAUAAACCAGAAAAGAAGGUGAAGUGGACAAAAAAUUUACAAGCUAAAGAAAACGGAUGAAUGGUUGCAUCUGAAAAUAUUCGAAGACCGUUAGUGGAGCAGGAGUUGAGACCGUUAUGUGUGAAGGAGGCUACGUGUCUGGUAUCAACGGCGUGAGUUCAAGCGACGUCAAAAGAAAUGAAUAAUCACAGCCGCAGUGUGUCUGCUGCUCUGGACAUGGUUGAAGCUGCUAUCAGCUCCUGGGAAAGGCAAGCAAAAGCAGCAAAAAAUUUUCAAGAGCAACAACUUCAACAACAAAAACUUCUAGAAGAAUUGCAAGAUCUGAGUCACCAGAAUGUUACUCACAGAACUGGCAAUCCAUCAAAUUCACUGAAUAUUCCAAUAAAUUAUCCAACAAGUGAACAGAUUUCAAGUAAUAGAUUAGUUAAUGAGGCUUCUCCUUUGAAACCUAGAAAAAUUUUUUUAAAUGAUGAAAGUUUGAAAAAAAAUUCUGUUGAACACCAUAGAAGUCCUAUACACAAAAAGUCCAGGGACAGCAAAACGUUGGUGUCUUCUGUUCCCAGUGUGCUACUGCAUGCCAGAGGCUCCUCUUCUAGGAAGAAAUGUCGCAUACGAUCAAGCAGUAAACAUCACCAUCGUCGUCACCGCCACAGAAGUUCAUCACAUUCAGGCAGCUCAAGACGAGAGAAAAACAACAAUGAUGUCACAGCAGAAAGUAUGACGGAGUUAGAACCAAAGCAACACCAAAAAUCCGAUGAAAAAUUCCUGGUGAAACACGCGUCUAAUGGAUACGCUCAGGCCACCCUCUCAUCUAAGCUUAAGGAAAAACUUGAUGAGAAACCUGGGAAGAAAGAAAAGGUUUCCUCCUUACCUUUCGUACCUGUGGGUAGCCAGGGUAAAAGCUUCCAUGUCGGCAUCAUCAUCCAGAAAGAGUUGGGAAAACUCAAGUCGCAGCCUCUCGAUGUUUGGGCUGCAGCAAAACAGAAUGCUGCACGGAAAGAAGCUGAGGGAUCAGAAUCUGCGUCUAACAUACUACGGCGUGAGCUAACUAAGUCAUAAUAUUGUUGAUGUGAAACUAACAUCCUCAUUCGAAAAAUGUUGAGACCACUGUGGUAGACCUUUUUAUGAUGAAGCCUUUUCUCCUGGUACAGCUUUUUUUAAUUCUUACAUUUUUGAUAAAGAGUUCUAAAUUGAAGCGGCAGCUGAAUUGAGUAAUUUAUCUUCAAUUUGGUUUCAGAUUAAGGUAGAAUCCAGCAUGUGGACUUGAGUUAGGACUUUUAACUUUGUAAAUGUAGGUUAAUCCUCACUCUGAAGGACUGUACUAUUUGACCAGAGCUUUUAUUGACAUGGCUCCACAGAACUGUGGUUCUGAUCAUUUCGUGCUGGGUCUGCGCUCAUAUUAGUAUCUACCGUAAUGAUGCUUAAUGCCCCUUAUUAUAUGUAUUCCUGUGGACGACGCCGAGGCAGCUCCUAAGUGAUGUUUCUGUGAUCCUUGUCCAGAUAUUCUUUAAUUGCUAGAACUGUUAAGAGUUUAGUAUCGUUUUGCCCGAGGCGUCACAAGCUGUUAUUUGGAAGUCCUCAUCGAUAUUCAAGUGCUUCCCGUUUUUUGACUAUGAGGAAAAAUUUAUUCAGUUAUUAUCCAAAUUGCAUAUUGUUAGGAUAUAUUGUUCUCGCUAAUCGUUCUUUGAUGUAAAUUUAAACUUCAAAUCUUGUCAUGGUUUUAGUGCGGUGCUUAAUUAUAUUGAAUACUCAUAUUGUUGGUGCUUGAGACAUCAAACGACUCUAUCAUUAUUAUCGUUAUCAAACAUUUAAUGUCGUAGAUUUAACCAGAACAAAGUUUUUAGCCUGAAGGCUUUCUCUUUUUUAUCUGCCAUGUCAUUUGAUCCAUUAGAAAUUUUACCAAAAUCUUUGACUGCUAUAAGCAAGUUUGAAAUUUUAUCUUUGUUUGUCAUCUUAACCGGCUACCUUUAAUGUAUAAUCAUGUUCUGUCUGUCUGUAAAGCACAUGUAGUUACCAUGUAGUUACCAACAACCACGUGUUGGUAACUGCUUGAGAAUUUUCGCAAAUUCUGAAUUAAUACACUCGUUCACGCGUCCACUAUUGUCUUUUAGUUUUUUAGUCGUAUUUUCAUUUCAAGUUUCUAAAUGCUUUGUACGAUUCAGUUUGAAAUUAU